GGGACGAGGAGGACUCCGCUGCUUCUUUUAGCCGCCGGUGGUGUCUCGGAGUUGACAAGCAACCACGGUUCUUCUGGGUUUCCCCGUAAAAAUGGAGGAAAACACGGCCCCAUCCAACUCUUACAGACUCAGAUGCUCCAUUCCCGGCCACGAAAUGGACGUUCGGGGGCUCGCAGCUGCUGUUUUCUCGGAAGGAGCGUUCGUUUCUGUUUCCAGAGACCGGACCGGAAGGAUCUGGGUCCCAAACUCAAGCCCGGACAACGGUUUCACGGAGAUGCAAUGUAUGUCCGGCCACUCGAAUUUUGUAUCGUGCGUAUGCGUCAUCGCACCGAGUGAAAUGUACCCCCGAGGACUCAUCGCCACCGGGGGGAAUGAUAAUAACAUUUGCGUAUUCACAGUGGACCAACCACAGCCCUUGUACACUCUAAAAGGUCACAAAAACACAGUUUGUACUUUGUCUUCUGGUAAGUUCGGGACACUUUUGAGUGGCUCUUGGGACACCAGCGCCAAAGUGUGGCUGAGUGAGAAGUGCAUGAUGACGCUGCAGGGCCAUUCCGCGGCAGUGUGGGCAGUGGCCAUGUUGCCCGAACAAGGACUCAUGCUGUCUGCGUCGGCGGACAAAACCAUAAAGCUUUGGAAAGCCGGACAAUGCGAGAGGACAUUUACAGGCCACGAGGACUGUGUACGGGGACUUGUAGUCAUCAGCAGCACUGAGUUCUUCUCUUGCAGCAAUGACACCAGCAUCAGGCGGUGGCUGGUGACAGGCGAAUGUGCGCAGGUGUACUACGGCCACACAAACUACAUCUACAGCAUUGCCGUCUUCCCUAAUAGUCGAGAUUUUGUGAGCACAGGAGAGGACCGGACCCUGCGAAUCUGGAGGAGCGGGGAGUGUACGCAGACUCUCCGUCUGCCCACUCAGUCGGUGUGGUGCUGCUGCAUCCUACCCAAUGGCGACAUUGCUGUCGGUGCAAGCGAUGGCAUCAUCCGAGUGUUUACUGAGGCCGAGGACCGCAUGGCAAGCGCAGGGGACCUUCAGGCUUUUGAGGAUGAGCUCUCGAACGCCACCAUCGACCCCAAGACGGGAGACCUCGGAGACAUCAAAAUCGAGGAGCUUCCUGGGCGGGAACAUCUGAACGAGCCUGGGAAUCGCGAUGGACAGACACGGCUGAUUAAAGACGGGCAGAAGGUGGAGGCGUACCAGUGGAGUGUCAGCGACGGUCGCUGGAUGAAAAUCGGCGAUGUCGUCGGGGGCUCAAACCAGCAGACGUCCAAAAGUGUCAUGUAUGAAGGAAAGGAGUACGAUUAUGUCUUCACAAUUGACGUGAACGAGGGCGGUCCGUCCAUGAAGCUGCCUUACAACGUGUCCGAGGACCCCUGGCUGACGGCGCACAACUUUUUACAGAAGAACGACCUCAGUCCCAUGUUCCUGGACCAGGUUGCCAAUUUCAUCAUCGAAAACACCAAAGGACACGUGGUGGGAGCCGCGCAGCCCGCUGGUGGUGACCCGUUCACUGGAGGAGCUCGGUACAUCCCCGGGUCCGCGGACGGACGGCCGAAUUUUGGAGGCGAUCCGUUCACAGGCUCUGGUCGUUACAUCCCAGGCUCCGGCCCUAGCUCGGUUGCUCCUGAAGGUGUGUCAGAUCCCUUCACAGGUGGAGGUGCUUAUUCGUCAGCGGUCCUAAGACCGAAAAGCACCAACAUUUACUUCCCCAAGACUGAUGGCGUGACCUUUGAGCAAGCCAAUAUUUCUCAAAUUGCUGGCAAGCUGAAAGAGCUGAACGCAGGGGCCCCUCAGGAGCACAAACUCUCUGAAGACUUCCUAGAAAGUCUGGAAGGGCUGCUGGUGUCCGUCUGUGGCCCAAACGAGGGCCCGCCGACAAUUCAACAGAUCAGCCUCCUCUGGAAAGCCUCCCACUGGCCUGAAGAUAUUGUGUUUCCAGUCCUGGACAUUCUAAGGCUGGCUGUGCGCCACCCGCAGGUCAAUGAGAGCCUGUGCGGCGAGGCAGAGGGCGUCCAGCUGUGCAACCACCUCCUGAGCCUGAUGAGGCCCGAGGGCCGCGCCGCCAAUCAGAUGCUGGCGCUGAGGAUCCUGUGCAACUGCUUCAGCCGCAGGCACGGCCAAGCGCUCCUCAUGGCCCAGCGCGAAGCCGUGCUGUCGCGGGCCGCCGACUUGGCCGCCGUGUGCAAUAAGAACAUCCACAUCGCUCUGGCCACCCUGGUGCUGAACUACGCCGGCUGCCUGCACAAUCAACCCGACCUGGAGGCCAAAGCGCAGUGCCUGUCUGUGGCCAGCCGGGCGCUCGAGACCGUUCAGGACAAGGAAGCUGUGUUUCGACUGCUGGUUGCGCUAGGAACCACCGUGGCCUCCGACCAAACGGCCCAGGACCUGGCCCGCUCCCUGGGGGUCGGCGCGCAAAUUUCCCUAUACGCAACCGUAUCUGAUCCCUCCAAGCUCGGUGAGUGUUGUCAGCUGCUUUUAAAAGAACUCCAAUGAAAAGGAUAACAACGACAAUCUUCGGAAAAAUCACUUUCUUACUAUGAUGAGUUGUUCUGCUUUUCAUGGUGUGGUGGGAAGUGACUUGUAUGUUCUGCAAUGAAUAAAAAGGACACAAUUUAA